AUGAUUCCUAGACAGUAUGAGCCCCUAUCCCAGUCGACCAAAGCCCACUUCUUUAAAAUACCAUUCGGAAAGUUUGCUGUGGCAAUAGUUUCAUUACCAUUUUUUAGUUUUAUUUUUUGUGUCGUAUGGUCCGUCCUUUACUUUUUCGACAGAUCCACCGCUACGCAUUGCGGCGUUGUCAAUUACCUGCCCUCAAUAUCGGCGGCCAUCGGUAAUUAUCAGCCACAACGUUUCAUUUGGCAGUGUGCAAUUUUGCUGCAGGCAUUGCCACGUCUCCUAGUCGCUCAACAGUAUUUAAGGCACAAUAGCAGUCGCAUCCGAAGGAAUCGUCGUGCUUUGGCCUAUUUGGCAUUUGUAUUAAACCUGAUCGAAAAUAUCGCGUUGGUCGGACUUAGUCUAUGGAAUUCAUCAGACUUUUACGAAAUCCACAAAUUUUGUUUCAUUGUCUUCAUCGCGACAUCAGAGUGCUAUAUGCUUAUUUCAUAUAUACUUAAUCGACAUUCGCGCAAAAUUCUCGACGUCCUUUCAACCGUGGAACGGAAAUCAUUGUAUUACAAACGAACAUUUUUAUUCGUGAAUAUUAUUGGCUUUUGGUUUGCUGGAUACUUUUUUAUGCGGCACAAUUCAUACUGUGAGGCUGGAGUUUACACAUUAUUCGCCCUGAUGGAAUACAUCGUAGUGCUGACGAAUAUGGCUUUUCACAUGACUGCCUAUUGGGAUUUUAGUGACAAAAUAAUUGUUUGCGACAGAAUCAACGGUUUUGAUAUGAUCACAGCAAAUCAGUACAGUCGACUGAAAUGAAUGUAAAAAUUUUGAGAGGAAACAAUUCAGAGCUGAUAUUUUGUUUUGAGUUUCAGCGAUAAAUUUGUGCAUUUCAAUAUUUGAAAAUAAAAUGAAAACCAAGCAAGCUUUAUAGCAAUAUAACAA